GUCAACCCCAAAGACCUGGACCCAAAGUACGCCUACAUCCAGGUGACGUACGUCACGCCCUUCUUCGAAGAGAAGGAAGCCGACGACCGGAAGACCGACUUCGAGAUGCAUCACAACAUCAACCGCUUCGUGUUCGAGACGCCUUUCACGCUCUCGGGGAAGAAGCACGGCGGCGUGGAGGAGCAGUGCAAGAGGCGCACGAUCCUCACGACCAGUCACUUGUUUCCCUACGUGAAGAAGCGCAUCCAGGUCAUCAGCCAAACCAGCACGGAGCUGAACCCCAUCGAAGUAGCGAUUGAUGAGAUGUCCAAAAAAGUCUCCGAGCUCAAUCAGCUUUGCACCAUGGAAGAAGUGGACAUGAUCCGGCUGCAGCUCAAACUCCAGGGAAGCGUCAGUGUCAAGGUAAAUGCUGGACCCAUGGCCUAUGCUCGAGCUUUUCUUGAAGAGACAAAUGCUAAGAGAUACCCUGAUAACCAAGUUAAGCUUCUGAAGGAAAUCUUCAGGCAAUUCGCAGAAGCGUGUGGACACGCUCUUGACGUCAACGAACGCCUUAUUAAGGAGGACCAGUUUGAGUAUCAGGGCGAGAUGAAGUCCCAUUACAAGGACAUGCUCAGCGAGCUCUCUGCAGUUAUGAACGAACAG